GUGAGUGAGUGAGUGAGUGAGUGAGUGUAAGUGAGAGAGAAAGAGCAAAAUCGGUCCACUUCCCUCAUCCAAGCAGACAGUGAACCUGGAGAGGAAAGGAGCAGCCAGUCUCCACACUAACUAUUAAAGAGUCCAACCUCUCCAACUAGAACCCUCUCAACAUCACUAAGGACGCAGCGUUCCUUAUGAGCAGAGAUAUAAAGAGCUGUACCUAUCGGGAUCGUCAUUAGGUAAAUCCUUCUCCUACCACUCAAGAGGGUCUAUCCAAUCUCUUCUCCUACCACUCCAGAGGGUCCAUCCCAUCCCUUCUCCUACCACUCCAGAGGCCCAUCCAAUCUCUUCUCCUACCACUCCAGAGGGUCCAUCCCAUCUACAGUCCAGACUUCCAGCAUCUAGUGUUGGGUUACCUGGUGCACGACCGGACUUUGUCUCUGGAAUUAAAAGUGGGACUUUGCCAGACUUCCACCAGCCAAGGGUGGCCUGUCUAGCUCUACCUGCCCCAGACAGACAGUACCACCACCACCUGAACAUCUGUUGCUAAUCCCCAACCCAGUCCCCAGUUCCUCAGCCCAAUCCCACUGCAGGGGAGGAUGGGUGAUGGGCCUUUGAGUCUCCCUGGCCUCUCUCCUUCCGUCUCUCUCAUCCUCGCAUGGAACCUCCUUCUGACACCUCCAGUUCCCCCUGGAACACCUCCACCUCCCUCUCCAGACCUCCAGGGCCAUGGCUCCCAGCCUUCCCAGUCUCGCUGCACCCCAACGUGAGUUUUCCUGUGGGCAUCGGCGCCAGUGGAGCCCCCCUGUCCCUGACACACUCCCUGGCCCUGGUUGCCAUGCUCCUCAUGGACCUCCUGGCCGUCGUUGGCAACCUAGCCGUCAUGGCCGUCAUCACCAAGACGCUGCAGCUGAGGAAGUUCGCCUUCGUGUUCCACCUGUGUCUGGUCGACCUGCUGGCGGCUCUGGUUCUGAUGCCUCUGGGGAUGCUGUCGGACCGGAUCUUGGUGCACGAUGAGGCACUCUGUCAGAGCUACCUCUGCCUGAGUGUAGGGCUGGUCAGUGCCGCCAUUUUGUCUAUCUCAGCCAUCAACGUGGAGAGGUAUUACUACAUCGUCCACCCGAUGCGCCACGAGGUGAAAAUGACAGUAGGGGUGGUUGUGGCAGUGUUAGUCGGGAUCUGGGUCAAAGCUAUUGUGAUGUCAGCUCUGCCUCUACUGGGUUGGGUGCCCCAGGGAAACCAGGGGGUAGGUGUCGGACUUGGAAGAGGACUAGGGAGUCCCUUGAUCCCGGCUCCUCCAAGCCAGAGACGUUGCUCCCUACACUGGACUGGAGGAGGGACCACACGAUUAAUCUUCAUGGUCUUCUUCACCUUUGUCUACUUCCUGUGUACAGUACUGAUCAUCCUGAUUGUGUACUGUAACAUGUUUAAAGUAGCCCGGGUGGCAUCCAUGCAGCAUGGCCCCUUACCUAUGUUGAUGGACACACCUGGUCCCCACCUUCACCGCUCCGAGUCCCUCAGCAGCCACUCCACCAUGGCUGUCAGCUUGGGGGGCCCUGGGGGCUCGUGUCCUCCACUCCGCACCCCCAGUCAGAGGACCUUCAAUGGGGGUAAAGCCGCAGCAGUCCUGGUGGCGGUUGGAGGCCAGUUCCUAUGCUGCUGGCUGCCUUACUUCUCCUUCCACCUGUACGCCGCCCUGGUCUCUACCCCCCAGGCCUCCCUGGCUUCGGCCCAGCUGGAAGAAGUUGUGACCUGGAUCGGUUACUUCUGCUUCACCUCCAACCCUUUCUUCUAUGGCUGUCUGAAUCGGCAGAUCCGAACAGAGCUGGGCCGAAGCCUGGGCUGUCUCUUUAAGCGGGCGGGGCCGGGCGACGGGAAUCAGCUGGCCAGCCGAGAGGCCUCCAUCGAGGAGAACUUCCUCCAGUUCCUCCAGGGGACAGGGUGCAAUCUGGAACCCUCCACCCAGGCACACAGCAGGGCCAGCAGGGCCGAGGAGGAGGCGGGGGAGAGGGGCCGUCUUCGAGAUGUACCUCGUCAGGACAACACGCCGGUCCUGGAACACACGCCUGUUGACUUCCACAUCCCUGGACAGAUUAUCGAGAAGACCUUGGAGUUCUUGGAGCAGCAGGAUCUGAAUCUGAARGAUGACAUCAACCUAGCGGAGAACUGCUGCAGAGUAAACAGGACGGUGCUGGCCUGAACUGUAGUAUUGGAUGUUCAUUCGUACAGUAGGCCUGUUUUUGGUCCAGGCGUCAGAGGUAGAAACACUAAAGCCUGCAGGCCAAACAUCGGCGUAGAAGUCGUAUGGUGGAAACGACAGGUAGAUGACCUGUUAUAUUUAGAACGUCUGGGGUAUUCUAUUUGAUGCUGUUUGACGAUUUUGUUGUCCACCGUUGCUACAGUUGGAUUAUGGGACAUACAUGUACCUAGUAAGUGAGACAUUGCUCUUGAGCUACAGUUACAGUGAAGCUAUCAUAUAGACUUGGUAUCUUCUUUUGAAGAAUUCAGGUUAUUAUUAUUUGCAUUCUUUGAGACUGUCACUGGAAUCAGAGUUCCUCUAGGAGGUAUGAUGAAAGGUUCGGGGGAAAUUCCAUUUUUAAUUCCAGUAAAAUCAGGAAAUAAACUGAUAUUCCAAUUCCAAUCAUCCGCAAUGCUUUUUUUAAUGAGGUUUACUUCCAAAAUAGACUGCAUUUAAAUGUAAUUGACCCUAACCCUGGUAUAACAACAUUGGUACCCAUUUACCAUUAAGACCAAAACCCAUUACAUCAAAUACAUACAGCCAGUCUAUCUACUUCCCCCUGUUUCCUGUCAAUCUUCCUACAUGAUUUAUAUUCUGGUCAAGGAGAGUGAGAGAACAUCUAGCAUAUUACCAC